GGGGGGAGGCGCUAAGGUGCGCGCCGCGCAAUGCAUGCUGGGAGUAGUCUCCCUGACGCCUAGCGGCUUACCGUCGGUCGCCUGACCUCUGACAGCUCAGCCUUUCCCCCUGCGCGGCGCGGAAGCGGCAUGGCGUCCAGUGGCCACGGCUCCGGGCGGCAGGAAGCUGCGGACCGAAGACUCCGGCUGAUCGCCGGCCAUUUGCAUCCGCGGAUCUCUGCUAGCGAAUGCAAGGCCGAGGCGGCGGACUCGGACCCCGUGAGGGCGAAAACGGUGCCAAAAAGGAGGCAGGAGGUUAUGAAAUGGAAUGGCUGGGGGUACAGCGAUUCCAGAUUUCUGUUCAACAAGAAAGGUCAAGCGGAAUUUACCGGCAGGAGGUACAGGUUAGGUGGGUUGCUUUUUCCCAGUUUGAAGGAUUGGUUCGAAAGCACCUUUGGCGCGAACCUCCAGCACAAAAGCCCGCCUACAGCGGCGUUAAACAGCAGUGUGAUCACACCACCCAAUCUGAAUGAGGCUUUCCUCCAGGACCUGAAAUCCAUGGGGAUCCCCUUCUCCCUGGAGGCCGACGACCGGGUCUUCCGAGCCCACGGUCACUGCUUGCAUGAGAUCUUUGCCCUUCGUGAGGGGAGGUUUGGACGUGUUCCUGACGUGGUAGUUUGGCCAAACUGCCACGACGAUGUGGUGAAAAUCGUGGAGCUGGCAUGCCAACAUAACGUUUGUUUGAUUCCCUAUGGAGGAGGGACCAGCGUGUCCAGUGCCCUGGAAUGCCCACCAGAUGAGAUGCGCUCCAUUGUCUCGUUGGAUACCUCACAAAUGAAUCGGAUAUUGUGGAUCGACGAGAAGAACUUAACAGCCCACGUUGAAGCCGGGAUUGUCGGGCAGGAGCUGGAGAGACUGCUGAACGAGAGCGGCUUCUGCACAGGCCACGAGCCUGACUCCAUGGAGUUUAGCACCCUGGGCGGCUGGGUGGCCACCAGAGCCUCCGGCAUGAAGAAGAACAUCUACGGCAACAUCGAGGACCUGGUGGUUCACAUAAAAAUGGUGACCCCGCGUGGAGUGGUGGAGAAGAGUUGCCAGGUUCCCCGCAUGUCCACUGGGCCGGACAUCCACCACUUCAUCAUGGGCUCUGAGGGAACCCUGGGUGUGGUCACUGAGGUGACUUUGAAGAUCCGGCCCCUCCCAGAGUACCAGAAGUACGGCUCCGUGGUCUUUCCGAAUUUUGAGCAGGGUGUGGCUUGCUUGAGAGAGGUGGCAAAGCAGAGGUGUGCUCCUGCAUCCAUUCGUCUGAUGGACAACGCCCAGUUCCAGUUUGGACACGCUCUGAAGCCUCAGGUCUCCUCGAUAUUCACAUCCUUCUUGGACGGACUGAAGAAGUUUUACAUCACCAAGUUUAAAGGGUUUGACCCCCACCGGCUGUGCGUGGCCACCCUGUUGUUCGAGGGGGACCGCGAGAAGGUCCUGCAGCACGAGAAGCAGGUGUAUGACAUCGCGGCCAAAUUCGGGGGCCUGGCAGCUGGAGAAGACAAUGGGCAGAGAGGCUACAUGCUGACCUUCGUCAUCGCUUACCUCCGGGACUUGGGGAUGGACUACUACGUGAUCGGAGAGUCAUUUGAGACGUCAGUGCCUUGGGACAGGGUCCUGGAUCUCUGCAGGAACGUCAAGGAGCGGAUCAUGAGGGAGUGCAAGGAGAGGGGGGUGCAGUUCCCCCCUAUGUCCACGUGCAGGGUGACCCAGACGUACGAUGCCGGUGCUUGCGUCUAUUUCUACUUUGCCUUUAACUACAGAGGCCUCGCUGACCCUGUGCAUGUUUACGAGCAAGUGGAGCACGCAGCCAGAGAGGAGAUCCUUGCCAACGGAGGGAGUCUCUCCCACCACCACGGAGUGGGAAAGCUCAGGAAGCAGUGGAUGAAAGAGUCCAUCUCGGGUGUGGGCAUCGGGAUGCUGAAGUCUGUGAAGGACUACCUGGACCCCAACAACAUCUUCGGCAACCGAAAUCUCUUGUAAUUUUCUCCCUCUUACCCACCCCCAUCUUCCUGUCCACCCCCAUCUUCCUGUCCACCCCCUCCCCCCCCCAACCAACAUUAUUCCAUGACGGUAUAAAUGACUGAUGUUGAAAUCCCCUCAGACGUGGUGAUGGCGCUGUGGCUUUCUGGGCUUCUCAUUGUGGAGGCAGGCCUCAUCUUGUACUCUCUAGCCCCCCCAUCACCUGCUCUACACCGUGCUUCACACAUUCACGCAAUUCCGCCGGCAUUCAGUGCAGCAGAGAACCGCGCCAGUCACGUUCACCCGCCCAUUUCCGGAAACUGCUCCGGUCCACGUGUGACCAUCAUUUUCCGUGCCGCUGCGUGAACAUUUGACUUCACACUCUCUCACCAGGGUUUCCCAGACUUGCAGCCCAUACAGGUCGAGGUUGUUUAAAAUGAAGUGUUUUUUUUUCUUUUUUUUUUUUUUAACUUUAAUACAUUGAGGUCUGAUUCCCUCUCUUGUCAAGCCGCUCGCCCGCCCUCGCUGUAGUAUGGGCGUCUGGAAUCUGGCUGUCCACACCCUGCCGCCGCGUGGUCGCUGAGCCCGGCCUGUGCAUCGUUAACGUCACCCAGGUUCCAGGCUCGGGAGGUUGCUCGCAGGAUCCCCUUUCGGCCGGGACCCCCACCCCACAUGCUGCUCACGGCCCCAUCCGCCCUUUUGACGAAUGCCUUGCCAUUCUCUAAUUACCACCUUCAGCCUGUUGUGUGUGUAGUUUCUUCUUUAGGGCGACCAGCCAUUAUACACAGGAUGUCCCUGAAAACAAUUAUAUACUGUUUUGGGCCUCAUUUCAGGUUUUUUUUUCUUUUCUUUUAAUGCAUAUAACUUUAUAUGCAUUUCAUUGCCUGUCAUUUGGGUAAAUUCAGCUCAUACUGAUGCAGAUGGAAGAGGAGGAGCCUGGAUGCCAUCUUGAUUACAGAGAGGGUUACACCAUGGUAUUUUUAAUUUUUUUAAAGAGAUUCUUUUUUUUUUGCCCUUUUGCCAGUCAGUGAGCCGUCUGUACCUUUGUAAUUCAGCGUGAAUGUGAACUCAAGCCUUCCACACCCGUCUGAGGGCGCGCGCGUGUUUGUACCAAAGACUGAAGCUGCCAGACGCGCCGAGCCCCACAAACGUGUGCAUGAUCGCAGACUCGUGAGAGGACUUCAGCGAGAAACACAGGCCAUGCUUUUUUUUCCCCCCUUUUUUUUUUUUACCUUUUGUGUUACUCCGCACAUGCAAAAAGCCAGAAAAUUUUAUUUUAAAUAUCUCAAAAUUAUUAAUAUGUGACUGUUACUGUCUAUCUGUCCUGGAAAAGAGAAUGUUUUUAAAGAUGAACACUUUUUUUAGGAAGUUGCUGAGUUUAGUUCAAUGUUAACAUUUCUAACGCAUUCAGAUGUUUCCAGAUGAACUUGCCUGGUUGACAUUUCAGUCGUGGAUUUCUACCUUAACGCCAGUGUUUUCUAAAUGACCCCUGUCCCCCAGUGUUAAAAUGUAACAUUGUCUUUAUUGACCAACGAAUAUGCACUAUGGUUUAACCUUCUGGCUGAAAUCUUUGUCGUGUUUGUAGACCGUAAAACCGAAGCCAAUAACUCGUGAAACAAACUGUAAGGUGCUAGAAGGAAAUAAUAAACCAAAUGUGUUGUAA